UUUGUCCCCGGCUGCUGGUCCAGUCAGAUCCCGAGCUGGCUACGGCCAUGGCGGCGGCACCGGUGAACCAGCGACCCGGGGCAAGUCGAGCUCAGCUUCCGCCCUGCUAUUAUGAGGGGUAUCUUGAGAAACGUGGAGCAAAGGAGAAGGUGUCUCGGAGACUAUGGACAUGCUUGUGUGGGAACACCUUAUACUUCUUCAACAAUGCAAAGGACACACAUUAUGUAGAGAAACUGGAUCUGAGUGGGUUUGUGUCUUUGAUCGAUGACUGCAGCCGGGACAGAAACCUGGAGGCAGCUAGAAUGAAUUUACGCAUGAAGGAUGGAGAGAUUAAACUUACUGCUCCUAACUUGGAGGCACGAGAGUUGUGGAAAGGCUUCCUCUACUCCGUAGUUGAUCUAACCGUGCCCACGGCACUAACCCUGCUGCCCGGGCAGCUGCACAUGUUAAAGGAGGUGGUGGAGAAAGAAAGACAAAGAAGAAGAGCUCGAUCUCUCUCCAGAGCGCCCUCCUCUCCCCUGUCUCUCCCUCUGGUAGGAGAGAUCCCUGCCUGUUUCAGGCCCAUCUCUCGUAUAGAAGCCGAGGUUCUCUUGGAGCGUUACCCAGACUGUGGGAACAUGCUGCUGAGACCGGGCAGAGACGGCACGUCCCUCGCAGUGACCACACGACAAGACCUUAAUGGCUCGGUGUUCCGACACUAUCGGGUUACCCAGAAGCCUCAGGGAGGUUACAUCAUUGAUGUGGAAAACCCGAUCCCGUGUCCCACCCUUUAUGAUGUCAUUAAUGCACUAGUGGAGAAAACAGCUGGGACACUACAGCCUUUUCUGCUGGAGGAGCCUUAUGAAGAGAACAUCACGUACAUUUCAUCCAACGACGAGAACGGAGAGCGAACACUCCACUGUGCGCCCACUGGCACUUUCCCCAGAAGACCCUCACUGCCCCCAAAAGGAUCAGAACGAUGGACAUUGAGAUCUCACUCAAAAUCUCCCAGCCCAUCUCAAAGAUCACUAAGCCCUCCCGGUUCACCAUCCAGCCCUAUGAGACGACUGGUACUCUCACCAUCGCCCUCGCCACUAACACAGACAGCUUUCACAGACGAGCUCAAACAGAAACUGGAGAAGAGGCGCACCAGUCAGGACUGACUCCCUGCUUCUCUUUAGCCAAUCAACAGCAUGGCCUCGUCCCCUGGCCGUAUGAUCCUGCCAGUGCCUUUGUGGUUGAGCGGUCACUCCUCAGACAUUUGGGCUUGUUUCUGUGGUGCAUCAUUAUCAAGCGAAUUGAAAAGAUCGAGGGAGGUCUUCUGCCUUGCGAGGGAACACUUCAGAAGGACAAAACAAUUGACCACAGGGAGUGAUUGAUCUGAGCCAAGAAUCUGUGUUACUCCAGAUUAUGGACGCUUUAUAACUGUAGCUGUACAGUACUAACUGCUCUGAUGUUUCUCUGCUGUAACUGCCAUAGAUGUUAAAGACUUGUUUUUGUAUGUGUUCUAACAAAAGAUGUUAAAUUUUCUAACACUUAUAUAAUUUGUUGCAUUUUGUCAGCAGUUGCAGCAGAUGAGAUUGUCUCCAGUGUCUUCAAUGUUGUUAGGACAGAAAAAAUAGCAGUGAAGAAAUGUCAGAUGUGUAAGUUCCUGCUCAGAACAGUGUGUACAGUGUUUCUAUAGUAAGAUGUUUAGUUUUGGUGCUCCCAGUUGAAUACUAGACUGGUCUUCAUUACUGGUUUGUGUAAUGAACGUGCAUGGUGCUACUGUUUGUAAAUAGAGUCUGUGUGUGUAUCACUGUUCAUUUUUCUCAUAUUUAUUGGAAUAAAAGGGAAAUUUGCAAUACA